AUGGCGGCCUAUCCAGAGAGGUGCGUGGACGCCACCGUGCUGGACUUCGUCGCAGACCUGUCCCUGGCCUCCCCGGGGCACCCACUCCUCUGCGACUUCGCACCUGGGGUUCCCUUUGGGGACCGAGACCUUGUGCUCCGAGAGGGAAGACGCAGGAGGCUGGCACGCUUUGAGGAGGAGGAUCCCGAAGAGGAGGGCGAAGUAGACGAGGGGGAGGAGGAGGAGGAGGAAGAGGAGCAUGGGAGAGGCGCGUCCCCGCUGGGCCGUCCCAAGAGGAAAAGGGUGAUCACCUAUGCCCAGCGCCAGGCAGCCAACAUCCGCGAGAGGAAGCGGAUGUUCAACCUCAACGAGGCCUUCGACCAGCUGCGAAGGAAGGUGCCCACUUUUGCUUACGAGAAGAGGCUGUCCCGGAUCGAGACCCUACGCCUGGCCAUCGUCUACAUUUCCUUCAUGACCGAGCUCUUGGAGAGCUUCGAAAAGAAGGAAACCGGCUGA